UUCUCAUUAUUAGAAGUUACUUUGUCCUUGUCCUUGAGGAGGUAUCCAGAGAGGUUAGAAGAUGCUUUCUAAAAUACUUGAGGGGAUCAAUCAAGCUGGAAAAUACGAUCCUCUUUAUAACCCACGGGUGCAUGGUCCAUACGACCCAUCACGAUUUUAUGGAAAAGCCGACAAACCUUUUCUAGAUGUCCGUGUUGGUGAGCUAGGGCAAUGGAUGAAGAACAGGAAUAAAACUCCUUAUGGAUUUGUUAGUGCUGUUUCAAGAGGUUAUUGGGCGUUCAAGCUGAAAUAUAUCGGCUGCAAAAAUAGUAAUGCAUGUGCUAUUCUGAUCCCUGUCUUCAUAGUUGCCGCGAUCAAUGCUCAAGAACACUUUCAUCAUGUUUUUGACAAAACAAAGUAUCAUUGAUGCUGGAGUGUUGAGGAACAUUUUUUGGAUGGUUGGACUAUAGGCCAGAUAUAUAUAGACACUUCUUGAUAUGUUUUGUAACUUAAGAAAUAAUAAAAGGUUUUGAAUGGAUUGAU